GCGCGAUCCAGUUGAUCCCUCGCGCUUUGCAACAGAAAUGAUGUUCGCCAGCUCAAAGUAGCUCAAACCGAUGACUCUGUUUAUACUCGUCCUGUGAAUGUGAACAAAAGAAAUGACUCGAUUUCUUUGAUGCUUUAAACAUCUGUUACUCGUGAUCUGGGAUAACUUUUCACACAGUGGAGUGUUACGAAGAGCCGAACAUGGAUUGGGGAACAGAGCUUUGGGACCAAUAUGACAUCAUUGACAAACAUACACAAUCUGGGCUGGACCUGGUGGAGAAAUACGUGAAGUUUGUGAAGGAGCGAACAGAGAUUGAACAAAACUAUGCAAAGCAGUUACGAAAUUUAACCAAGAAAUACAGCCCUAAACGAGGCAGCAAAGAGGAGCAGGAAUGCAGGUUCUCCAAUCACCAGGCUUUUUUGGACAUCCUUAAUGAGCUGAACGACUAUGCAGGUCAGAGGGAGGUGAUCGCUGAAAACAUGAUGAUCAACAUCUGCAUCGAGCUCACCAAAUACUUACAGGAUCUUAAACAGGAGCGCAAGAUGCAUCUGAUAGAAGCCAAGAAAGCACAGCAGUCUCUGGAGGGCACCUACAAGCAGCUGGACAAUAGUAAAAAGCGCUUCGAGAGGGAAUGGAGAGAAGCGGAGAAAGCUGCACAGUACGCUGAGAAAACCGACCAGGACCUCAACGCCACCAAAGCCGACGUGGAGAAGGCUAAAAACCAGGCACAUAUGCGCACGCACAUAGCGGAGGAGUGCAGGAACGACUACGCUUCACAGCUGCAGAAGUACAACAAAGAACAGAGCAGCUUUUACUUCACAGACAUGCCUCUUAUUUUCAACAAACUGCAGGACACUGAUGAAAGACGAAUCAAAAAACUCUCGGAAGGCUACGCCCUGUUUGCAGACACCGAGCGCCACGUCAUGCCCAUCAUCGGGAAGUGUCUGGAGGGAAUCACCAGAGCUGGCGCGAAUAUCAACUCGAAAAACGACUCGAUGGUCCUCAUCGAGCAACAUAAGUCAGGCUUUGAGAGACCAGGAGAUCUUGACUUUGAGGAUUACAGUCAGGGCAUUAACCGUGCCUCCUCGGAAAGCAGUCUCGGCACUCCCAAAGGUCCCCUGGAGCUGCUGAGCAAGAACAGGAACAAAACCUUCCGGUUGUUCAAUAAGAAGACCAAGCUUCCCUCAUCUACGCUCAGUCCUUUCUCCACCCCCCCCACACCCUCGCCCGCUAACGGACCCCCUUCCCCCAAGUUUGGCCGGGACCCCCUGUCGUACUGUUUGAAGGAAAUCAAUAAGACAGUCAAACCCAGAAUCUCUUCCUUCCGGACCCUCAAGAAAACGUCCGUGGACGCAGAGGGCUUCACCCAUCUCCCUCCAGAGCAGCGCAGGAAACGCUUACAGCAGAAGAUCGAUGACAUCAGCAAGGAGCUGCAGAAGGAAGUAGAUCAGAGCGAGGCUCUGGGCAAGAUGAAAGAUGUGUAUGAAAAGAACCCUCAGAUGGGAGAUCCUGCCAGUUUGGCCCCUCAGAUCGCUCAGACGGCACAAAACAUGGAAAGACUGAGAGGAGAACUCAACAAAUAUGAGUGCUGGCUCACUGGAGCAGGGGGCCGCGGAGACUCCAUACGAUACUCGACACACUCGCUGAAUAACAACGGCGCACACAACCACAACAGUCUUGGAGCUCUCUCAGAUGAGACCGACCCCUCCCAGGCCAUCUACACUGAGUUUGAUGACGACUUUGAGGGAGAGGAUCUGGCCGCACCUAUUGGUCAAUGCACAGCGCUCUACAAUUUCCCAGGCUCCAGCGAGGGGACCAUAUCUAUGCAGGAAGGGGAGGUGCUCUUCGUAGUGGAGGAGGACAAGGGCGACGGAUGGACGCGGGUGCGCCGGAACAACGGGGAUGAGGGCUACAUCCCGACUUCAUAUGCCAACAUCACACUUAAUAAAUGACAUCAUCUUUCCAUUUAUUGCAGCAGAGAUGCACUAUACCAAACACUAGCUUCACAUUCGCAGUCCCAACAUUUACGUCCCAACUUGGCUAGCUGCCCCUCUUAGAAAGAGAGUUUAAGGGGAAGCUAAUACACUCAUUCCCUUAAAAACAAGUGAAUUUCUCAGGGUGCGUUUUGUGUCGGUAUUUGAGAAAGUUGGAAUAAUUUGUCUCAGUACUUGACCUACAUGAAAAACAGUGCAUCAGGGUCCACAACCUAUUUGAUCAACAGACACGCCAUUUCUUCUGGAUCGUCCACGGCUUCCACAAACAUCAGAAGUCAUUUGAACGUUCUGGAGCAAAAUUUCUUACACCAUCUCUGCUGACAGACAUUCAGAAAGCCCUCCCGCCUCUUGUGUGAAACACCAUCGCAACUUGGAAGUAUUUGCUCUGAUGAUCUGAGUGGCAAAAAUUGACAUUUUAUAGUUGAAACAUGCAUAUGCUUUUCUGUGUGCAUUAACAUUGGUCUGAAUGCCACAUCCGGGAGUCGAUAAGACCAUACAUUAAUGUAUAUAGAAACCUCGAGGAAUACCAUUCAAGUAAUAAGUUGUUGCCAUUUUUCUAAUAAGACUGUUACACAAAUACACAAGAUAAACCGACUCUACAGUAUAAAAUAAAGACAAUCAAAGCCAUCUCGGAAUCGACAGAAAAAAGUCAAAGUUCUCUUGUCUAAAAUAUAUAGAAAAGUUGUUUUGAAAGAAUAUAAUUUAUUGAGUAUAUAAAUAAGUGUAUAUUAAAUGAUAAACCAAAUCACGUUUUAAGAGCUGCAUAUGUUUUUUUUUCCAGAUAGGUCAACAGAGUAUGCUCACAACUGAAAGCAACAAACUUUUUUGGCAACUAGGAUUUAAAAUAAUAUAUUUUAGGCAUCACAACACCACUAUUGUCUUACUAGCUUUUUAUUCUUGACGAAUAAAGAUUGUAUAGUUAAAAAAAGAUUUAUGGGGUACAGCCUCUGUGUCCUACAUUUGUUUUGUUUUUGAUUGAGCCCAAGACCAAGACAGAAUUGUUUGUUUAGCUAAGUCAAGGUGCCUUCAACUCUGUGUAUAUACCAUUAUUCAGAAUACACUAUUUUAUUGUCUAUAUAAAUGUCAAGCACAUUUCCCAAGUUCA